AGUUCAAUAAUCUAUAAACUAGUUCUGUGCGUAUGCGAUUUCGGCAGUCCGGUGCGCACUGCGCAUUACCUCCCCAAAACGACAAGUAUUUGUAAUCUGCGCCUCUAUUCCCUCCGGCGUAAUCUCUCUCUCUCUGAAACAUUGUCCUUCGAUUUUGUCGUCUCUCCCAAAUUCGUCAAUUUCUAGGUUUUCCAAAUCCCAAACACCAUGAUCUCAUUUCUAGGGUUUUAGCUCCUCCUUCGCUCCGACUUCACCCUGUUACCAGGCUAGGGUUUUCGUCUACAAUCACACACAGCCAUGGCGGAUUGGCAGCAGCUACUUCAAUCGAUCUUUCUCGGCCUCAUUUUCUCUUACUUCCUCGCCAAGCUGAUCUCCAUCGUCACUUCCUUCAAGGAGGAUAAUCUCACCAUCACUCGCGGCGGCGGCGGCGGCGGAGACGACGGCGACAAUCGAAUCCGGUCAAAGUCCGAUUCCAAACCUGAACCUCGCGACGACUCGGUGGGUCCCAGGGGCGAUUCGGGCGGCGCGGCUAACGAGGCCGAUUCGGUGGUCGCGGAGCACGGUAGCGUUAGGAACGAGAGCUGGGCUGACAGUGACGAGGACGAUGAUGAUUGGGAAGGAGUGGAGAGUACGGAAUUGGACGAGAUGUUUAGCGCCUCGACGGCUUUCGUGGCGGCGGCGGCGGCUGAUCGGCUCUCGGCGCAGAAGGUCUCGAGUGAUGUGCAGUUGCAGCUCUAUGGACUUUACAAGAUUGCCACCGAGGGGCCUUGUAGCGCACCACAGCCAUCGGCGCUGAAAAUGACGGCUCGCGCCAAAUGGCAAGCGUGGCAGAAAUUAGGUGCCAUGCCUCCAGAAGAAGCAAUGCAGAAGUACAUUGAUAUUGUUACAGAGCUAUAUCCUACAUGGCUGGCAGGCUCAAGUGUGAAGAGCAGAGAUGGUGACAGUGAUGCAGCCAGUACGGGUUCUAAAGGACCAAUGGGACCAGUUUUCAGCACCUUUGUUUAUGAGGAGGAAUCUGGAAAUGAUUUCAAGAUGGAUGCUAUUCAUGCCUUUGCCAGAGAAGGAGAAGUGGAUAAUUUGCUUAAAUGUAUUGAAAGCGGUGUCACAGUGAAUCUGAAGGAUAGCGAGGGUCGAACUCCAUUGCACUGGGCUGUAGAUCGUGGUCACCUUAACAUGACAGAGCUGCUUGUUAGC